AUGAAAAAGAAAACAGUAUUUUUUUCAUUAGCAAUUUUAUUGGUAAUACUUUUUAAUCAAAUUUUAGAAAUAAAAAGUGAAGCUACUACUACUACUAGUUUAACCAUCAGCACCAGUAAUGAAGGUAGUAGUAGUACAAGUAAUAAAUUUAUUGUAAAAGGAGAAGAGAAUGAAUAUGAAAAUGAGGGGGGUGAAUGUAAAGAUAAUAUAGGAUGUGGUAGAAAUGCAAGUAGAUUAAUAUUAUCAUUCCUUUUUUUAAUUUUACUUUCAAUGUUAGUAAUCUAUGUUCUCACUAGAAUAAAUAUUCAUUAUAUACCAGAAUCAUUAGCAGUAGUAGUAUAUGGUAUAAUCAUUGGUAUAAUCAUCAAAUAUUCAAAUGUUGAUACAUUUAAACAUUUAGCAUCAUAUAAUCCAAAUGAAUUCUUUUUAUUCAUUUUACCAUUAAUCAUAUUUGAAACUGGUUUAACUUUAAAUAAAAAAGAAUUCUUUAGAAAUAUAAAAUCAAUUUUAGUAUUAGCAACUAUUGGUACACUUAUAGCAUUUUUAUUAACAGGAUUUGGAUUAUAUUUAUUAGGUAUUUGGGGAGUUUCACCAAAGAUAACAUUAUUUGAAAGUUUAUUAGUAUCUUCGAUAUCAUCAGCUACAGAUCCAGUUGCAACAUUAGGUAUUUUCAAAGUUUUAGAUGUAGAUCCAACAUUAUUUUUAAUUGUAUUAGGUGAGAGUAUACUAAAUGAUGCAGUAUCAGUUAUAUUAUAUGAUUCAGUAUUACAAUAUGAUAAUAUUAAAGAACUUUGGAAACCAGUUUUAUUGUUUUUCGGUAUUUCAAUUGGUAGUGUCAUAAUUGGUGUAUUAAUAUCAAUCAUUUUAACAUUAUUAUUAAAAUUUACAACAAUUAAAUUCACAACAACAACAAAUACAACAAAUACAACAACAACAGAUGCAACAUCAUCAACAUUUAGAUUAUUUGAAAUUAUAUUUAUAAUAAUUAUAUCAUAUUCAUCAUAUAUAAUUGCAGAUUCAAUUUAUUUAUCAGGAAUAUUAUCAUCAUUCUUUUGUGGUAUAACAUCAAGUCAUUAUUUAUAUAAAUCAUUAUCAGAUGAAACUAAACAAUCAAUUUCACAAUUAUUUAGAAUGAUUGCAUUUAUUGGUGAAACAAUUGUUUUCAUUUAUAUUGGUUUAGUUUUACCAAAUUUUAAUUUUCAAUUUAAUAUUAAAUUAUUAGUUUGGACUUUUUUAUUAUUAUUAAUUUCAAGAGCAAUUUCAAUAUUUCCAACAUUUUUUAUAAUUAAUAAAUUAAAUAAUAAAAAUAAAUUAAAUAAUAAUAAAAAUAAUAAUAAUGGUGGUGGUGGUGGUAAUAUGGUAUCAAUAGGAAUUCAAAUUGUAAUUUGGGUAUCAGGAUUAAGAGGUGCAAUUUCAUUUUCAUUAAUGGAAGAAAGUGAAAUUCAAGAAAAUGUUUCAUCAAUUGAAUCAGCAAAUUUAUUAAAAACUGAUAUUUUAAUGAUUGUUUAUUCAACAUUAUUUAUUUUUGGUUCUUUAACUUAUCCAAUAUUAAAGUUAUUGAAAAUUAAAACUGAUGUUUCAUCAACAAUUAAUAAAGAUAGUCAAGAUAAUGAUGAUAGUAGUGUUGAUGAUAGUAGUGGUGGUAGUGAUAGUAAUAAAUUAUUAAAAAAUUUUAAACAAAGAUCUGGUGCUUUAUAUAGAGUUUUUAAAUAUUUAAUUUAUUUGGAUAAUUUCUUAUUAAAUUUCUUUUCAAAUAAAAAAGGUCUUUCACCUCGUAUGAAAUCUUCAAUUUCUUCAAGCUUUAAAUGUGAUAAUGAUGAUAAGAAUAUUGGUGGUGAUGGUAAUAAUAGAAACUCAAUUCAAUUGGAAACAUUUAAUAAUAGACAUUUUAGUUUCAAUAAAGAUGAUGAGGAUUACUAUGAUGAUAAUCAAACUCAAAAUGAAAGUAAUAGUGGAAGAGAAUUAUUAUUUACAAUGGACAGUGAAAAUGAAACAACUACAUCAACAACAACUGCCCAUGAUAAUAAAAAUAAUAAAAAUAAUAAUAAUAAUGAUGAUGAAUAG